GACCGCCCUAGAUAAUGCCAUUGGGAAAACCAGAUUGUUCUAUAUAGGAAUGAAGAUUGAUUUGGUAUCCAGAUUCCCCAUAAGUUAUGUCAUAAAGAAAAGCUUCCCAGUUGACAAUGCACAAAUGCUGCCCUCUACAAAGUCAACUCCAAGCAAAGAACUGGAGAAGAGUCCAGCGUCAUCAAAGAGCAUCCAGAGUCCGGGGAGCCAAAACACAAGUCCACUUGGGCAAUACUAUGCCUCCUGCUUGCCAAUCUGCAACUAUGGACACCGACAAAAACAUAAAUAGGUACUCUUCAGCGAAAAGAAGCAUCCAAUUUACAGAAGAUGGAGCCACCAACAAAGAGGGUCAACAACAGGAACAUCUUCAGGAUACACAAGUGCAUCUCCAGGUUGUCAAAAAGCAUAAACAAGAAUAACAAUGUGAAAAUGAACAAAUGUGAAGGACAAGAGGAUAACGGUAAUAAAAACACAUAGGGCACCGUCAACAACCAUGCAAGGACCAAGGAAUCUUCAAGACGCACGAAAAGCACCUACGGAUUGCACCACCUUCCAUUGAAAAUUACCUCCAAAACUAACAUUACAACUACUUCAUGAUCAG